AUGGCCUUGCAUCGGGGGAACAUUAUACGCCUCAACCGUCUUAGAUUUCCGAUUCACUCCCAGGGACAGAUCGGUUUUAUUACCACAAGAACCCGACCACAACUAGUAAAUAAUGGCUCUGGGCUCCCUUUCGACCGGCAACCCCCCCGACGUUGCCUAAUCUUGUCGCCCCGGCGGCAUCGGUCGAAAGUGCGUGCUACCAAGCUGAUAUCGGUGACGCUCACUGGCGCAUUGCUUGCGUUGUGGCUAUCCCCGACUGAUGCCUUGCAGCAUACCGACUCCCGGGCCAAGUUGGCCCCCGGGAACCCUAGCGAUGAAGACGGGGCGACCUCGAGCGAGGACCAGAGCGCCUGGGCCAAGUUCUCCCGGAACUUCGGCGGCCUCUCGUUUGUGCCCUCGACCGACGGGCUUUCCGACAGGGUGGUCGACAUGAUCAUGCCGGAAUGGGCCAAGCUUGUUCCCGGCUAUGUCAGGAAGCUACAACGCGAGAUGGACAUGGCGCCUGGGUCAUUGGCCGCCGAAAUAUGGCAGGAGGCACACGAUCCGUUUACGCACCCGGAGAUCCAGUACUCGGCCAAAGUUCGCGUGUCGGGGGAACUGUGUGACGAGGAGAAGAUCUUCCUGGAACGACGACAGAAGAUGAUCAUACCUGCCUUGGCGCGAUUUUUAGGGGUUGAAGAAAGGGAUAUUCAUCCAGAUGACGUCCCUACUAUUGCCAUGUGCGGUUCUGGUGGCGGUCUCAGAGCCUUGGUUGCCGGGACUGGCUCGUUCCUCGCAACCGCUGAGGAUGGGCUCUUUGACUGCGCGACGUACGUAUCAGGGGUGAGCGGCUCCUGCUGGCUACAGUCCCUCUACUACUCGUCAGUGACCGAAGCGAAUUUUCACAACGCCAUUGACCACCUCAAAGCGCGUCUCGGCACCCAUAUCGCCUACCCACCCGUUGCCUUCGCCGCAUUGACGACAUCGCCCACGAACAAGUACCUAUUUAGUGGUCUGGUGGAGAAGCUCAAGGGCGACCCCAACUCUCAAUUUGGUCUUGUGGAUGCCUACGGCAUGCUUCUGGCAGCAAGGCUUCUGGUUCCAAAGGGUGAGCUAGGGGUCAACGAGAAAGACUUCAAGUUAUCGAACCAGCGGGAAUACAUGAAGUAUGGGCAGAACCCACUGCCUAUCUACACCGCUGUACGGCACGAAAUACCGGAGCUUGAUUCACCCGACUACGGUGGCCCGGGCUCUUUGACGGAAGAGGCAAAGGACAGGGCCAAGAGGGAAGCAUGGUUCCAGUGGUUUGAGAUCACUCCGUACGAGUUCUUCUGCGAGGAGUUCUCGGCCGGCAUUCCCACUUGGGCCAUGGGCCGCAAGUUCAAAAAUGGGACAGACCUACCCUCAACUUCGGGCUUCCGUCUUCCCGAGACCCGCCUGCCCUUUCUCCUAGGGACCUUUGGAAGCGCGUUUUGUGCCACUCUGAGCCACUACUAUCGAGAGGUUAGACCCAUUAUCAAGAGUCUCACCGGCUUCCAGUCGCUCGAUGACUUGAUAUGGGGCCACAACAAAGAUUUGAGCAAAGUCCAUCCUAUCGAACCGCCCGGCGUCCCCAACUUCGUCCACGGAAUGUACGGUCAACUCCCCGGCACGGUACCGCAAGGUGUCUACGACAACGAAUACCUCCAGCUCAUGGACGCAGGCAUGUCCAACAACCUCCCCAUCUACCCGCUCCUCCGCCCCGGCAGAGACGUCGACAUCAUCCUGGCAUUCGACGCCUCGGCCGACAUCAAGACAGACAACUGGCUUUCGGUCGCCGAAGGUUAUGCCCGCCAGCGGAACAUCAAAGGCUGGCCGAUAGGAGCCGGUUGGCCCAAAUCCUCCUCACCCUCCGUCGCCGCCUCCGAACUGGAACAAGCGCAAGCCCACUCAACCGCCGAAGCAGAAGACAAAAUCAGCCAAGCCAAAACCGACCAAGCCGCCCGCCACCCACACGGCCCACGGGAACCCAAGCCGCCAGGCUCCCAACCCAUGAAGCCCGAGUCCCAGCGGCAGACGGAAGCGGCGCACGAGCUGGGGUACUGCACAGUGUGGGUGGGCACGACGCAAGAGCGAUCAACGACGGAGCCGCCGCCGCCGCCGGUCGACGACACCUCCACGUGGCGGCUGACGCACCCGGACGCGGGUAUCGCCGUCGUGUACCUCCCUUUUCUGGCCAACGAGCGCGCCGCUCCAGGCGUCGACGUCGCCGUCUCUGACUACAUGAGCACCUGGAAUUUUGUCUACACCCCGCCCCAGAUCGACGAGGUCAUCGCCCUCGCCCGCGCCAAUUAUUCUGAAGGGCGCGCCCAGAUCCGUGCUACAGUGCGCGCUGUUUAUGAGCGUAAGAAGAAGCGCCGGUUGGAAAAGGAGCGGCGGGCUGAGAGGGCUGAGUUGCGGAGGUUGGUCAGGAGGGGGGACGUGAGUGGGUUGGGUGAGGGUGACCACUUUAGUUAG